AUGAAAGCCUUCGGAGGAGUUAGCGAAAUUCCAAUGUGUGCGGAUCGGCAAAAAAUGCGAAAUAGCCCUUUAACCGUACAUUUGACAGAUACGCCCGCACUGACUUUUUUGUAGAUCUUAUUGAGAUACAUGUGUGUGUCAAUUUUUGUGUCAUUUUGACAAAGCGUACAGGCGUGAAAGUCAAUAGUGUGAAUUUUCACCUUAGGGGGCGCUAUGGAGCCAUUUUGCAUUUUCUUGUUUGGGCGACUUCGGAAUAUCAAAUUUUUCACCAGGCCCGGUCGUCCUGCCAAAUUUCAUGAGUUUUCGCCAGUGGGAAGUGGGCCAUUUUCCAGUUCAAAGGGGAGGAAAAAGAAAAAAGAAACAAAGAAAAACCACUUGGGGAAUAAUAGGGCUCUCGCAGCUGCUUAGCAGCUACGCUCGGGCCCUAAAUAUCUACUCUUGCCAUCUUAUCGAUUAAUAGUAAUCAGUGUUUCGGUGUCGAACUAGUUCCUUUGUGCGGUGAGUGAUACAUGAGCACGCGCAGUCGAAUAUGCAGAAGGGUGAAGCCAUUUCUGUCACGUGGACCAAUACGUAGCGAGUCUCGUUUCCAUAGUUCACCCAGUAUUUUGGCUACAGCUGGUGGCUAGUGGAAAACGUCACAUAACCACCCAUAACUGCAGUAAAUUCGACAAAAGUACUACUAAAAACUGCCAUUUUUUUGCGCGUGUGGGAUAGGGGGGGCUAUUAGGUUUGCUUAGUUUAGGGGUUACAGAAGGUAUAAUCCGGGCCUGAGCAUAGUAUAGAUGUAAAGAGUAUUUACACGCAUAAAUUUAUACUCCAUUUCAACGUCAGGAUUCGGUUUUUUUAGACGUGAUUUAGACGUAAACAAUUAUACGUCCUUUCAACGUCUACAUAUAGACCGAAGUCACACAAUCAAUAUUAAUCAACAAUUCAAGAGUUGAUUAUUGAAAAUGAUAACUGGAGGUUGCAGAACUGAUUUCGAUUUAUGGGACUACUUUCAUCUUGGGAGCGUAGCCAGUGUUUUCGCCAUAUCCGGUUAAAACACUAAUACGAAACAAACAAAAACACACCCACCUUCAGAUCUUAAAGCCUGGGUCUCAUUGAGUAUUUCACAAGAAAAUUGGUCGCUGAAAUUUAAUGUAAGUAUUAGAUUUCAUGUGGUUUAUCAGUGUCGGUAACGCCGAUUGACUCUGUGACAAUAACACAGGAUCACAUGAGCCCUUUCACGUGCCUAUUCACGUGAUCCUCCGUGUAACCACUUAGAGUAAGGUCUAAUUCCGCCAAGAGCGAACUAGUCCGUGAUAACAGUUGUCGGUAUAACAGCAAUACUACGAAAUGAGCUACAAUAAAGUAUUUAGUAGCUCUGCAACAGCCCGGCUUUACACCUGUAUUGACAUUGUACCGUAAUCGGACUAAAACAUGUAAAAGGCUUCAAAUUCUGGACCGCACAACAUCCUACUGAAUCACUGCGCUUUGUUCACAUUCGCCCUCACUACCAUGCAAAACUCCUAUUUUGUUCGAACAAAACUGAAUAAUAUGCGUAAUUCUUCCUCUGCAUAUUGCAGGGCUUGUUGGUACAACUUCUGUUACAUAUUUAAGCUUUUUCUCAAACAUUAAUCAAUGAAAACAUCAGCUACAGCACUCAUUUUCAUGUGCAAAGUAGAGCCGCCGCCAUUUUGUUCAAUGUGCUUGUGCUAGGCGUCUCCUCGCUUAGCAACUGUAUCUAUGGAGGAGAGGGAGGGCUGGGUGGAGCCCGCCGAAUGGUGUUCUGUUAUUAUUGGCUCUGACUGUAACCUCAGUCGCAAGUCAUUAAAUCCAGCUUUUCGAUUGGUCGAGCUCCUCUUUAUUUUCCAGUAUUUUUGUCGCUCACUUCGUCUGACUGAUCUUUUGAGGAUAACAGACUACCUUCGACAGAGAGCGAGUUUUACGAGCAGAUCUGUUUUUGAAGAUUUUUUACACGCUUCACCGAUACACAUCUACAUAUACACAUCUUCCACUACAUCUUUCACAUUUAACAAACACACACACACACACACACACAACACACAAAUUCUCACGGUCAACCUCGGCUGAGUUUGACUGUCUUUUAUUCCACCUAUCCACGGAACGGCUGCUCAUCUCGUCUGUUACAACUUCAGUACGGUAAGUCAUGUGUUAUCAGCUUAUUUGUUGUGUUUUGCUGUUGUUGAGGGAGAAGUUUUGCUCAAACAUGCAGCUAAAAAAACUGUUGUGGCUAAGAUAGGCGUGCUGAGUUGUUUACACAGGGCCGCUAACAAAGUAGCUAGUGUGCUACUCUGUUAGCGGCCCUGUGUAAACACCAAGCUAGUUGUAACUUCGUUAUUCUGUGACUUCACUGCACUCUCGGAGAUCACAAUGUAGCAUUUUGUGGUGGUGGCGGAAGUGUAUUGUGUUGUUUCGCGUUCUUUGUCCGCAUCGCAGAGGGGCUAUUGUCUGAUUUUGCGGUCUGUGUCCACAUUGCAGUGCAAUUAUUGUCUUGUUUCGCUGUCUGCGUCGGCAUCGCAGAGGGGCUCUUGUCUGGUUUUGCGGUCCGUGUCUGUGUUUUUGGGUUUAUUUGUCGUAUUUUGCAUGCUAACCAAACUGUUGUGGCUAACUAGGCGUGCUGAUGUGAUGUUUACACAGCGACGCUAACAAAGUAGCUAGUGUGCAACACUGUUAGCGGCGCUGUGUAAACAGUAAGCUAGUUGUAACUUCGUUAUUCUGUGACUUCACUAAAUUCUUGGAAAUCAUAAUUUAGCAUUUGACGGCGGUGGUAGUCUAUUUUCUUGAUUCGCUUUCUGUGUCUGCAUCGCAGACGGGCUCUUUUCUGGUUUUGAAAUCUGUGUCGACAUUGCAAUGCAAUAUUUUUCUUGUUUUGCUGUCUGCGUCGGCAUCGCUGAGGGGCUAUUGUCUGGUUUUGCGAUCUGUGUCUGUGUUUUUAGGUUUAUUGUGGUGUUUUGCUGUUGUUGAGGGAGAACUUCUGCUUAAACAUGCAUGCUAACCAAACUGUUGUGGCUAACUAGGUGUGCUGAUUUGAUGUUUACACAGCGACGCUAACAAAGUAGCUAGUGUGCAACACUGUUAGCGGCGCUGUGUUAAGCCAGUUGUAACUUCGUUAUUCUGUGACUUCACUAAAUUCUUGGAAAUCAUAAUUUAGCAUUUGAGGGUGGUGGUAGUCUAUUUUCUUGAUUCGCGUUCUGUGUCUGCAUCGCAGACGGGCUCUUUUCUGGUUUUGAAAUCUGUGUCGACAUUGCAAUGCAAUAUUUUCUUGUUUCGCUGUCUGCGUCGGCAUCGCUGAGAGGCUAUUGUGUGGUUUUGCGAUCUGUGUCUGUGUUUUUAGGUUUAUUGUGGUGUUUUGCUGUUGUUGAGGGAGAACUUCUGCUUAAACAUGCAUGCUAACCAAACUGUUGUGGCUAACUAGGUGUGCUGAUUUGAUGUUUACACAGCGACGCUAACAAAGUAGCUAGUGUGCAACACUGUUAGCGGCGCUGUGUAAACAUUAAACCAGUUGUAACUUCGUUAUUCUGUGACUUCACUAAAUUCUUGGAAAUCAUAAUUUAGCAUUCGACGGUAGUGGUGGUAGUCUAUUUUCUUGAUUCGCGUUCUGUGUCUGCAUCGCAGACGGGCUCUUUUCUGCUUUUGAAAUCUGAAUCGACAUUGCAGUGCAAUUAUUUUCUUGUUUCGCUGUCUGCGUCGGCAUCGCAGAGGGGCUAUUGUCUGGUUUUGCGAUCUGUGUCUUUAGAUUUAUUGUGGUGUUUUGCCGUUGUUGAGGGAGAACUUCUGCUUAAACAUGCAUGCUAAACAAACUGCUGUGGCUAACAUAGGCGUGCUGAUUUGAUGUUUAAACAGCGACGCUAACAAAGUUGCUAGUGUGCAACACUGUUAGCGGCGCUUUGUAAACAGUAAGCUAGUUGUAACUUCGUCAUUCUGUGACUUCACUAAAUUCUUGGAAAUCAUAAUUUAGCAUUUGACGGUGGUGGUGGUAUUUCAUUUUCUUGAUUCGCGUUCUGUGUCUGCAUCGCAGACGGGCUCUUUUCUGGUUUAGCGGUGCAAUUACUUUCUUGUUUUGCUGUCUGCGUUGGCAUAGCAGAGGGGCUAUUGUCUGGUUUUGCGAUCUGUAUCUGUGUUUUUAGGAUUGUUGUGGUGUUUCGCUGUUGUUGAAGGAGAAUUUCUGCUUAAACAUGCAUGCUAUCAAAACUGUUGUGGCUAACACAGGGGUGCUGAUUUGUUGCUACACAGCGCCGCUAACAAAGUAGCUAGUGUGCAACACUGUUAGCGGCGCUGUGAAAACAGUAAGCUAGUUGUAACUUCGUUAUUCUGUGACUUCACUAAAUUCUUGGAAAUCAUAAUUUAGCAUUUGACGGUGGUGGUGGUAGUCUAUUCUCUUGAUUCGCGUUCUGUGUCUGCAUCGCAGACGGGCUCUUUUCAAGUUUUGAAAUCUGUGUCGACAUUGCAAUGCAAUAUUUUUCUUGAUUCGCAGACGGGCUAUUUUCUGGUUUUGCGGUGCAAUUAUUUUAUGUUUUGCUGUCUGCGUUGGCAUAGCAGACGGACUAUUUUCUGGUUUUGCGGUGCAAUUAUUUUAUGUUUUGCUGUCUGCGUUGGCAUAGCAGAGGGGCUAUUAUCUGGUUUUGCGAUCUGUAUCUGUGUUUUUAGGAUUAUUGUGGUGUUUCGCUGUUGUUGAAGGAGAAUUUCUGCUUAAACAUGCAUGCUAGGAAAACUGUUGUGGCUAACAUAGGCGUUCUGAUUUGAUGUCUACACAGCGUCGCUAACAAAGUAGCUAGUGUGCAACCAAAAUGGGUUAGCCUCACUGUUUAGUUAUUCUCUCUGUAUUUUUUGGUGCUUAUAUAACAUAACACACAUGUUUAAAUUUUGAUAUGAAGUUUUACAAAUAUAAUAGGUAUUAUAUGUAUUAUCUAUACUUUCAGAUGCCAAAAGUGA